UUUAAGGAGCUGGUACCUGGGGGAGGGCUGCUGCUUGGGAUCGUCUCCGGAACCCGCAGUCUCUUUGAAACAGAUUCCUGAUAAACGUUUUGGUCCCGCCUGGAUUUAUUUCGCUCCCUCGAAGAUAUGCAGAUUGCAGUGUUUUUGGACCGCUGGUGGAACUCACUGAAGAUUUAGCUGCCUCCGGGAUAACUCCACCGGGUGGUGGAUCUGCCGCCGUCAAGCCCUCGGAGGGAGCCUUUGUGAACCGAGGCCAUGUCGAACCCUUUGAAGCAAGUGUUCAACAAGGACAGGACCUUCCGCCCGAAGCGGAAAUUCGAACCCGGGACACAGCGCUUCGAGCUCCAUAAAAAAGCCCAGGCGUCGCUCAACGCGGGCUUGGACUUGAAGCUGGCCGUCCAGUUGCCCCCCGGCGAGGAGCUGAACGACUGGGUGGCCGUCCACGUGGUGGAUUUUUUCAACCGGAUCAACCUCAUCUACGGGACCGUCAGCGACCAUUGUACAGAGCAGUCCUGCCCGGUUAUGUCUGGAGGGCCCAAAUACGAGUACCGGUGGCAGGACGAGAAGUACCGCAAGCCGACGGCCCUCUCCGCCCCCAAAUACGUGGACCUCCUCAUGGAUUGGAUCGAGGUCCAGAUCAACAACGAAGACCUGUUUCCCACCAGCGUGGGCACCCCGUUUCCCAAGAACUUCCUCCAGGCGGUGAAAAAGAUCCUGUCUCGUCUUUUCCGGGUCUUCGUCCAUGUUUACAUCCACCACUUCGACUGCAUCGCCCAGAUGGGUUCAGAAGCUCAUGUGAAUACCUGUUACAAGCACUUUUACUAUUUCGUCAAAGAGUUCGGCCUCAUCGAUGUCAAGGAACUGGAGCCGCUGAAGGAAAUGACAUCAAGGAUGUGCCGCUGACGUCCUGGGAGGCUUCCUGCUCCUCCCCAUUUCUUGGGUAUUCCCUUUUUCUCAGGACUGUGGAACUCCUCACCACCAGAUAAUCCCUUAGCUAUCUAAUGUGACCAUUUCCUUUUAAUAUAAUAAAAACAAGAGAUGUGUGUCUAUAUAUAUAUUAAAUGAGAUGUUUUUACAAUUCA